UAUUGGGUGUGCUAGCAACUUUGUGAACGACAAGAAGAGUUCGUCACAUAUAUACUACGCCUCCGUACAACACUAAGCACUUGGACAGAUUCCACCUGACCUGUCUAGUAGUAGUGAUAAAAAGAGGGCAAAAGGAUCCAUCUCCAUUUGGCAAUGGCAGAACCAACAAGCUCGGUUAAAGUAGUUGAAGUUUGCAGGGUGGCUCCUCCUCCUCCACCCUCACCCGGUGCAUUCGCGUCCCCGAGCUCCCUUCCCCUUACCUUCUUCGACAUCGUCAGAUUGUGUCCUGUCCAGCACCUUUAUUUCUACCAAAUGCCUACUUCCUCUACAACUCCGCUCUUCUUUGAUUCCAUACUUGUCCCAAAACUCAAAGCCUCACUCUCUAACACCCUCCAGCACUUUCUACCUCUGGCAGGAAACCUCACUUGGCCUCAAGACUCCCAAAAACCCGUCCUUAACUAUGUCCAAGGCGACACCGUUUCGCUCACAAUAGCAGAGUCUGGUGCUGACUUCUACCAUCUUUCAAGUGGUGACUUUGUUGAAGCCACAGAGUACCAUCCUCUUGUACCCCAGUUGGGAGCUUCUCAUGAACGAGCUGCAGUGGUGGCAUUGCAAAUCACUGUCUUUCCCAACUGUGGCUUUUCGAUUGGAACUUCCAUACACCAUGCAGUCCUAGAUGGCAAGAGUAUAACUUUAUUUGUAAAAUCAUGGGCUCACAUUUGCAAACAUGAUGAUCAAUCUAAUUCAAUGCUACCUGAUGAGCUGAAACAAUUUUAUGACAGAGUGAUUCAGGAUCCAGCUGAGCUUGGAACAAUCUACUCGAACGACUAUCGAAAUAAGGACGGUCCCAACAAUAGGAGCUUAAUGGUUUGGGAGAUGAAACCACCACCAGACUCAAUCCGAGGCACCUUUGAAUUCACACGAGCAGAUAUAGAAACACUGAGGCAAUCGUUCAAGGCUAAAAUGGCAGAGCAGAAACCAGUUCAUGUGUCAACUUUCACUCUAGCUUGUGCCUAUACAUGGGUUUGCGUAGUCAAAGCAGAGGACAUAAAAGCUGACAAAACACGUCUGAUCUUUAGCAUGGACUGCAGGUCUCGCUUGGACCCUCCUAUACCUGCAAACUAUUUCGGAAACUGCAUAGCAGGAUGUAUACCAGUUGCCGAAACGAAAGGCUUGCUUGGAGAAGAUGGGUUGGUUGUCGCCGUGAAUGCAAUUAGUGAAGCUAUAGAAAGAUUGAAGAAGGGGGUUUUGGAUGGGGCAGAGAAUUGGGUUUCAAGGUUGUUUGCUUUGGGAAGUGAGGGAAGAAUGCUCAGCAUUGCUGGUUCAAAUCGGUUCGGAAAUUAUGAUAUUGAUUUUGGAUGGGGAAGACCAAAGAAAUUUGAGAUUGUUUCCAUAGAUAGAACCAGAGCUUUCUCCCUUUCAGAUUCCAAGACUGGUGCUGGGGCUAUUGAAGUUGGGUUGGCUUUAGACAAACAUGACAUGCACGUUUUUGCUUCUCUAUUUGCUAAAGGUCUUCGAAACCUUUGAAGCGCUUGAAGCCUCCGCAACAACAUUUUCUUUUUGCACUUUAUAUUUUCUGGAAUAAUAAUUUGGGAUUCGUUGGUCAAUAGUACACCAACCUUGUAUGCUCUCAACAAUCAGCUUUGUGAUGAUGUUUUUCUUUGGACCAGGUGCAGGUGGCUCUGUCCGUCUCUUUUCCUAUGUACUGCAUCAAAUAAACUUCUUAGUUUUUUUU